GGGGCGGGGUUGCUGUUGCCUUAGAGGGAUUGCAUUACUUGGAGUGUGGUGCACACACACAUACACACACACACAGGUGUGUUUCUGUGUGUUAGUCGCUUCCUGUAGCUGCUUCCUUGCUUCUCUGGGACUCACAUGCAUAACGUCAUAUAUAUAAAUGUAUAAAUAUAUAUUUUAUUUUUUUUUUUAAUUCCCUGGAGCUUCUGGUCCCCAUGGGUCCCUUCUGUCGACCACAGAGGGAAGACUUGUCCGUCGCCCUAUUCCCACAUCCAUAAUUUUUUUUUUUACAUCAAUAUAAAGAUAAAAGAAAAAAAUUGUGCUUGCUUUAUUACUGGGGAGGGCUCCAGGAGAGAGGGCAAGGACUAGAUUCUUAGGACUGGUGGGAAAAGGGGACAACUUUAAUGUUUAUUCUUUUUGUUUUGUUUUGAGAGAGAGAGAGAAGGGGGGAGCAGGAGAAAGGCAGAAAGAGAGGAAGGCACGGAGUCCGAAGCAGGCUCCAGGCUUCGAGCUGUCAGCACAGAGCCUGACACGGGCCUCAAACCCACAAACCGUGAGAUCAUGACCUGAGCUGAAGUCGGACGCUUAACCAACUGAGCCACCCAAGUGCCCCAGAAGGGGACAUCUUUAUCUUUGAAUCUCCCAAUUUACUCUCUCCAACCAGAACUAGUUAGGAUCGAAACGGACAAGAUUUAUCCUUCCUCAGAGUCCAGGAGCACCUCAGAAAUAGUGUCUCCAUCUGAGUGCAAUGUUUCUUCCAAAAUCAACUCUUCAGGUUUCCAAUCUCAGGAACAGGCUCCUACAGCUGAGAACCCAGGCACUGGCUCUUCACCGACUUCUGUCAGUGGCUCACCAGCCACUGUCUGUCCUUCCUUCAACUGUCCCCUUCUCCAGGCUCCUGACCUAGCUCAGGUAUUUUGUUUCUCCUGAACUAGCAUCUCAGCCUCCCCCUUGACUAGCCCACCCCUAGCCCACCUUGGCCCCAGAGGGAUGCUUGUAGCAUCCAGGUCUGAUACUGCCCUCCCCUGCUCAAAUCCUUCCACAUCCUACUACCCACUGCCUACAGGUAAUACCAAAGCUCCAGUCUGGGCCUUCAGGAUCUGACCCUGCCUGCGUUGCCAUCAUCAGCUCCUUCUUUCCUUUAGUUCUAAGCUCCCUGACAACCCUUCCACAGAAGACCUCGAUAAAGAGCAAACGAAUUACUCCGAGGGAGGGAGGGGUCCCCCCCCCCCCCUCCGGAAGGGCGGGAAAGGCUAAUUGGAACAGACGCACCGAUUUCCAGCCAGGAGAAGUCUCCUUUUGAUCUGUGCAGCGUGCACCCCAGAAUUCCGACCUACACCGAUGCCUGCCUCCUGCAAGGGCGUCUCGCCCCCUCCCCACCCCAUCCCAUGCUUGAACCCACUCUGGAAGGCACCAGAGAGAGCAGCUCCAGACCCCGGGGGUGGUGUGCUGGUGAUGGAGGAAAGCAGCCAAGCAGACCAAGAAAGGGGGCUCUGAGGCAGAAGGUGGUCCACGAAGUCAAGAGCCACAAGUUCACCGCCCGCUUCUUCAAGCAACCAACCUUCUGCAGCCACUGCACAGACUUCAUCUGGGGCAUUGGGAAACAAGGCCUGCAAUGUCAAGUUUGCAGCUUUGUGGUUCAUCGACGAUGCCACGAAUUUGUGACCUUCGAGUGUCCAGGCGCUGGGAAGGGCCCCCAGACGGAUGACCCCCGGAACAAGCACAAGUUCCGUCUGCACAGCUACAGCAGCCCCACCUUCUGCGACCACUGUGGCUCCCUUCUUUAUGGGCUGGUGCACCAGGGCAUGAAAUGCUCCUGCUGCGAAAUGAACGUGCACCGCCGCUGUGUGCGCAGCGUGCCCUCUCUGUGCGGGGUGGACCACACGGAGCGCCGAGGGCGCCUGCAGCUGGAGAUCCGAGCACCGACCGCGGAUGAGAUCCACGUCACAGUUGGUGAGGCCCGUAACCUUAUCCCAAUGGACCCCAAUGGUCUGUCUGACCCCUACGUGAAGCUGAAGCUCAUCCCAGACCCUCGGAACUUGACAAAGCAAAAGACCCGGACCGUGAAAGCCACGCUAAACCCUGUGUGGAACGAGACCUUUGUGUUCAACCUGAAGCCAGGAGACGUGGAGCGCAGGCUUAGCGUGGAGGUGUGGGACUGGGACCGGACUUCCCGCAACGAUUUCAUGGGCGCCAUGUCCUUCGGGGUCUCGGAGCUGCUCAAGGCACCUGUGGACGGCUGGUACAAGUUACUGAACCAGGAGGAGGGCGAAUAUUACAAUGUGCCAGUGGCUGAUGCUGACAACUGCAGCCUCCUCCAGAAGUUUGAGGCCUGUAACUACCCCCUGGAACUGUACGAGCGGGUGCGGAUGGGUCCCUCUUCCUCUCCCAUCCCCUCCCCAUCCCCUAGUCCCACGGACUCCAAACGCUGUUUCUUUGGGACAAGCCCUGGACGUCUGCACAUCUCUGACUUCAGCUUCCUCAUGGUUCUAGGAAAAGGCAGCUUUGGGAAGGUGAUGCUGGCUGAGCGCAGGGGCUCUGAUGAGCUCUACGCCAUCAAGAUCCUGAAGAAAGACGUGAUCGUCCAGGAUGAUGAUGUGGACUGCACCCUGGUGGAGAAGCGCGUGCUGGCCCUGGGGGGCCGAGGCCCGGGAGGCCGGCCCCACUUUCUCACCCAGCUGCACUCCACCUUCCAGACCCCGGACCGUCUGUAUUUUGUGAUGGAGUAUGUCACCGGGGGCGACCUGAUGUACCACAUCCAGCAAUUGGGCAAGUUUAAGGAGCCCCAUGCAGCGUUCUACGCAGCAGAAAUCGCCAUCGGCCUCUUCUUCCUUCACAAUCAGGGCAUCAUCUACCGGGACCUGAAAUUAGACAACGUGAUGCUGGAUGCUGAAGGACACAUCAAAAUCACUGACUUUGGCAUGUGUAAGGAGAACGUCUUCCCUGGGACCACCACCCGCACCUUCUGUGGGACCCCAGACUACAUAGCUCCUGAGAUCAUUGCCUACCAACCCUAUGGAAAGUCUGUUGAUUGGUGGUCCUUUGGGGUUCUGUUGUAUGAGAUGUUGGCAGGACAGCCCCCUUUCGAUGGGGAGGAUGAGGAAGAGCUGUUUCAGGCUAUCAUGGAACAAACCGUCACUUACCCCAAGUCACUUUCCCGGGAAGCUGUGGCCAUCUGCAAGGGGUUCCUAACUAAGCACCCAGCGAAACGCCUGGGCUCAGGGCCGGACGGGGAGCCCGCCAUCCGUGCUCAUGGCUUUUUCCGCUGGAUGGACUGGGAGCGGCUGGAACGACUGGAGAUCGCGCCUCCGUUCAGACCCCGUCCGUGUGGACGCAGCGGCGAGAACUUCGACAAGUUCUUUACGCGGGCGGCGCCAGCGUUGACCCCCCCAGACCGCCUUGUUCUGGCCAGCAUCGACCAGGCCGAUUUCCAAGGCUUCACCUACGUGAACCCGGAUUUCGUGCACCCCGACGCCCGCAACCCCGUCAGCCCGCCGCCGGUGCCAGUCAUGUAAUCUCACCUGCCACCACUAGGUGUCCCCAUUGCUCCCUCCCCGCACCAGUCUUACACCUUCCCCCCCAACCCCCACCUCCACCCCCUUUCCGAUUUAGAUCUUGCUCCCCAGCAUUCUGGCCUCUGCCCCGUGGGUGCUAGAUGCCCCUCCCAAGCGUUCCUGGCAUUCUAAGCUCCAUACAGUCUCUGGAGCCUCACUGUGUUCUAGACUCUGCUGUGCUGAGCCCGGGAUUCUCACCCACCUUGGUGUUCUGGACUCUGCGCUACCAGAACCUUCACCACGGUCCCAACUCCGUGGGGUUCUAGACUCUGUGUUGGUAGAAUCUCUGUCUCUCCUUUUUUUUUUUUUUUCUUCUCCUUUCUUUCUGGGAAAUAGUCUCAUGGGGUGGGCUGUUCUAGACUUGGAUUCUAGAACAACCCUUCACCUCUGACCUGCCCCCCACUCCCCCCACCAACGACGUCCACCCCAUUCUGGAGUGAGUGGGAGGCUGUGCCCCCACGCUCCCGUGCGCCUCGUCCACACUCUAGGGAUUCCUGGGAUGGAUGAAGGAUCCCUACCCCAGCUGUUCUCAAUCAGCUUUUGUUCUAGAAGCCCCUACCCCGAACCCGUCACUGCUCGCCUGCCAGGUGCAUGGCUCCAGUCCUGCUCGGAACCUCCUCCACCUCCCCUCCCUCUUCCCCUUCCCCCCCUUCCCGUGCCUGCCACUCUGGGGGGGGGGGGCUCUGUCCUCCUCCCCCUGCCCACUGCCCUCUUCUUUGGCUCUCUCGCCCGGCCACAGCUGCUGGAGAAUAAAUUUGGGAUGCUGAUGCUGGGUGUUGGGAUGUUUUCUUCUAAAGCUUGAAGAAGGA